GUGAGCCUCAUGUGACGGAGGCAGGUCGGGCCGAGCGCAGAGUCACAGGGUUUAUUUAACUCGUCGCUCCGUCCUCCCCCACUCUCCCGACUGCCUUCCUUCUGUGGAGUGCGCUAAAGGACUAACUUCGAACCGUCAGACCCUGAAUUACCUCUAGAUGAAUUAGACUGGCUUUGAAUCAUGACACAUUUCUGAGCAUUUUUUAAGCAUUUUUUUUCUUCUUCUUCUGAAAAAACACCUUGGCGCGUUCAGCAAACAUUUUGUUUUUCAGAGCACUGAAAUAAAUGCGUGUUUGUUCGUGACUGUACCGGGAAAGGAACUCGACUCUGUGCGUCCAGUUGGGACUAAAACGAAUGGAGCGAAUUCCAAGCGCGCAGCCACCUCCUCUGUCCAAACACCAGGCGGAUCUGUCAGACUUGCAGGGGAUGGAUUUCCCGAUGUAUGUUUAUAAACCCAGGAGGGGAUUGAAGAGAGGAGAGGAGAGCAAGGAAACCUACAAACUGCCCCACAGACUCAUUGAGAAGAAGAGGCGUGAUCGGAUUAACGAGUGCAUCGCGCAGUUGAAAGAUUUAUUACCGGAGCACCUGAAACUCACGACUCUGGGCCAUCUGGAGAAGGCCGUGGUUUUAGAGCUGACGCUCAAGCACGUGAAAGCCCUCACCUCGCUCCUGGAGCAACAGCAGCAGAAGAUCCUCGCUCUGCAGAAUGGCAUGCAAAUUGAGCAGCCUACUGUCAGCCAGGAGAAGUCCGAGGAGAUGUUCUGCUCUGGCUUCCACGUGUGUGCCAAAGAGAUUCUUCAGUUUCUAGCCAACCAUGAGACUGAUGGAGAGUUCACGCCCUCGCACGUGAUCAGUCAUCUUCACAAGUUGGCUGCAGAGGUGCUGCAAAGUCCAAGCCGACCCCGUACCCCUCUCAGCCCCCGUCACGAGGAAAUCCCCACCUACCACCAGCACCAGCCUCACAAAGUGAUGCACACCAGCUCACCCCCUAAACCCAGUGAGGGCUACGGGAGGAACUGUGUGCCCGUCAUCCAGCGAGCCUACGCUCCAAUGAGCAGCGAGCAGAGUGGCAGUGAUACUGAUACAGACAGCGGCUAUGGGGGAGAGCUGGAGAAGAACGAAUCCGGGGCGUCGCAGCGGCGCCCAGAUUACUACGGCCAUGAGAGCCAGCUGAAGCGAGUGCUGGGGGAGAGGCAGAGCUCGAGCAUCAAGCAGGAGGAUGACGAGCCACGCCACAAAAGACCCCGGGUGGAGUCGUCUGAAGACGAGCUGCUCUCGGGUGGGGAGUCCUCGACUUCAUCGUCCUCCACCGGUUACGGCAGUUACAUGAGCGUGUCCCCCAACCAUCCACCCGCUCCACAUCCCCUCUGCAUGCCUUUCUACCUCAUUCCACCCUCUGCUGCAGCCUACUUGCCAAUGCUGGAGAAAUGCUGGUACCCAGGGGCUGUGCCCAUGCUCUACUCUGGUGUGGGAGGCUCCCCACCUGCCAUGUCCAGCGAAAGACCGCCUCCACCUCAGCUCAUGUUGUCUCCCAGGGGAGGCUCUCCUGCCCCGGCCAUGUCUCAGACCCCCAUGGACUCCCCUGCCCUCCUUCAGGCAUUAAAGCAGGUACCACCACUCAACCUGGAAACCAAAGACUGAGAUAUCCUGUUAAAGUACCCUGGAGCAGAGACAAUAGUAUGAGGGAGAAGAAAACUGAGCCGUUCCAUAAUCCAUCCUCAUUCCUCUCCUCCGUUCCUCAACUUGGAGGCGAAAACAGCAAAUGAGAGGACUUGUAGAAAUGAUCAAGAAGAGGUGGAGGGUGGAGCAGCAUCCAUCCACUCUUGGAUGGAUGCAAAAUUCUGGUUGAAUGUUUAAUGCUCAGUGAUAUUACUCAGUGCAUAUGUAUCAUAUAAACCGGACCUGCCCUGCAUACACAAAAAGAUACACACAUGCACACACACACACACACUUGGUUGAAUGUAAAGAAAGAAAUGUUUCAGAUGCUGCUGUUAAAGUACAAAUGCCGAUGACACUGAUGCAUUUCACUUGUAGCUGUUUCGAUAGAGACAUGCCAUCUAGGAACCAUUGCACCAAAUGUUAGAGGUAAAAUAUCACCCAAAGUUCGUCCUGCCUAUGUCCUGUAAGUCUCCAUUAUCAUAAAGGAACAGGCACUAUGAUGACAGGCAUCAUAAAAUACAAGGGUUUCCUUAAGUGUGUACAGAUGAGAUUAAGGGUCAGCCCAAUUCUCGGAUGGAGGAAUGGCCGCCACAUGACCACACUGAAUGAGAAGUCUCGUUUUUCGUUGACAAACAGACAGUUGAGUUGGAGUUUCUGUAAUUAUUGUUCAUAGACUUCAUGUACAUUUCUUUUUUUUUGAUACCUGUCCUUGCACUCUGUCCAUCGGGAGAGACAGACGGAGGGCAGAGUGAAGACAAUUGUACGUUGUGUACUCAGAUACUGUGUACAUACUGUAGCACUGUGCUGGACCAGGUCUGCAUACUCAACAUCUGUUUCCGCUCAAGUCAAACCUGGUGUUUGUUCUUGCUGUUGCCUUUUACUUGUGAAAAGCUGAUAAAUCUCAGAUGUUCAUUCUCUGUACUGCGUAUUAAUACUGGAGUCAAAGGAGGGAGGAGGAGGAGAGAAGUGAAUGUAAAAGUUUUAACCAGACGACUAGUUUUCUAUAGAAAGAGGUACUUGAGAUUUUAUAUUUUGGGACCUACACGAAAGAGGUUUGAUGUACAUAUUUUGUCUAUAAAUGUUGAUAUACAUUAUAUAGGUGUAUUAAUAAAGUAUUUUUUCCUGUG